CGAUACGCCCUCGUGACCAAUCACACUAUUAACGAGACUCACGCGCGAAGUUCCCUCGUGGUCUGGCCAGUGAUAUUUUCGACGUCUCAGUGUAUUGGCAGCUUGCUGUACUUUCACAAUGAGACUGUGCAUGUUUCUCCCUAUCUUAUCCCAAUCACCAUUACUUUGUUGAGCAACGGGCUUCUCUAUGUUUGUUUCUCUACAUAUUUUCCCAACGCCACCUUGGUUGAUCAGCUUGUGUUCAUAUCUACCUGA